UGCACUAUCAACUUUUUAAUUAUCUCUAAUGAAAUUAGUACACAAUUUCAUUUGUUGCUUCAUUUACAAAAUUCACAAUCAACACUUGGCAUGCUUGUUCAUUGCAUCAUCUCUAUAAAUAGAAAGGUCUAAGUUUUCUCUGUUCAUUCAUUUAUCAAAUGAUCAUUCAUUUGUAGAAGCUUCUUCUAUAAAGAUAUGGAGAAAAAGAUUGCAGUUAAAUAUAAAGAGUGUCUCAAGAACCAUGCUGCUGCAAUUGGUGGCAAUGCAACUGAUGGAUGUGGUGAGUUCAUGGCUAGUGGAGACGAUGACUCACUUGAAGCUCUUAACUGUUGUGCUUGCAAUUGCCACAGAAACUUCCACAGAAAAGAGUCUGAUUCUCAGCAUUAUGCUCUUUCAUUGAUUCCUGAUCAUAACAUUAAUCCACCCUUCUUGGCUCAUUUAUCUCCAAUCAAAAGUGAAUCAAAUAGUCCUUCUCAUCAGUCUUACUAUGAGAAAGAUUGUAUAAAGGAGGUGGAAAAUCGAACCGAAAAGAUGAUAAAGAAGAGGUCCAGAACCAAGUUUAGUAAAGAACAGAAGGAGAAGAUGUUGUGUUUUGCAGAAAAAGCUGAAUGGAAGAUACAGAAGCUAGAAGAAUCUGUGGUUCAGAAGUUUUGUCAAGAGAUUGGAAUCAAGAGAAGGAUACUCAAAGUGUGGAUGCACAAUAAUAAGAACACUUUUUCCAAAAGAAAUGUUUGUAGUAUUAGUCGCAAAUUUUAGACAUGAGCGAGUAGUCCGUUUUGCACGUCCUCAAAGAUACCUGUUAUAUGAUUUAGAGAAUCUGAUGUAUCCAACU